AUGUCCCGGCCCAAUCAGUCUCCGCCAGUCUCAUCCAGCCCAACUGCCGAUCCCCCGGGUACCAUUACCCCGGGAGCCGCCCUGUUCACUGCGGGAGGCGCCAAUGUCUCGCGCGAAUCUGCGUCGUACGCCCGGAGACGCGCCGGCACGGCUUGCUUUGUCUGUCGAGGACGGAAGACCAAAUGUGACAACCAGCGGCCCGUCUGUGGGUUCUGCGCCGCUACUGGAGGAGCUUGCAGCUAUCCUGAUGACACGCCGUUGGACCACUCCAAGCUCGACAGAGGCAGUCUGGCCAUUCUGCAGAGACUGGGCGAGAUGGAACAGAACCUAACUGCACUAAUGAAUCGAAAUGAAAACUCGCCAGGCCAUCAGGUGUCCCAACAGCAGUUAGCUCCGGUAGACGAGGAAGAGCUUCCAGACCGCAGCCCUCAUGUCGGGGCCAGCACGACGCAGCCCGACAGCGACCGGCCGCCGGCAGCAGACGUCGUCACUCGAAGUUCUGAGAUGAGAGUUGAGAGUCUCCUUCGCUGGCCAGUCUUCAAAAUCAAGCAAUACCCAUCGCUCACCUCUAGUCUUGGGCACGAGGGCAGCCAACCGCAAGCUGGAACCGGAGACGGCAUCUUCGACCUCGACCCCGAAGUGAUCACCCAGCUGGUGGAAAACUUUCUGGCUACAAACCACAUUAAGAACCCUAUAUUCGACGUUGACCAGCUAUGGAACCGUGUAAGAGACAUCUCUGAAACGGGGCUCCGGUGGGAUGGGUCAACGUGCCUUGUACUCCUUAUUUGCGCCGUCAGUGUGCUUGCGCCCCCGUUUGAAAACGAACUAGUACCUGGUUUUUCGAGACGACCGGAGCGUCUGAGACGCGCGGAGCUGUACUUUCAGAUGGCGCAGCGACGCAUUGGAAUGCUUUACCAUAGCAACUCGCUCCUCGCCGUGCAAUGCAGUUUCUUGACCGCCGUAUAUCUGAUGACAACUUUUCGGAUCAUGGCCGCGUGGAAAGCAUUUUCGCAAGCUGGAACACAGUGUGUAGGGUGGCUAGCAGCUCGAGGUCAUACUCGGGAGGAUAUGGACAGUCAAUAUCCUGUUGCUGUGGAGAUUCCCAAAGGCGACAAUAUCGAGCAGAAUAUGGAAGAGAGUCUCUACUGGAGUUGCCUGAAGAGCGAGUUAACCGAGCUGGGCCUACCAGGGUCGAGUCUCAACGAGAUGCAAUACUACCACGUGUAUCCAUCCCCACCCAGCCCAAGUCAGUUGACCGGGGGCCACACGCGUUCGGAAUCAGCUGCUCAGCGCGAGCGGGACCGCCUUGAAACCGGCUGGUUCUUCUAUCUGGCCGAGAUUGCUCUUCGCCGCAUUAUGAACGAGGCGCUGUCGGCGCGCUACUGGGCUGAUUCGUGGUACUACACAACCAACUGGUGGACUGCCAGCGAGGACAACUACCGCGCCGAUGUGGAGAAGUUCAAGCUGAAGCUGGAGACGUGGCGGGAUAUGCUUCCACCCUCUAUGAGAUUUCCUAGUGACCCCCACGAGGGCAUCAGAGACCCUCUAAGGGGGAUUCUGAGAUCGCAUCUAGUAGAUAUCCUGGACGUGCUCUAUUUCCCGGCCGUUCGAGCCGUCGCCUGCAAGCCAGUCAGCGAGCUGGGGCCAUACGUCCUCGCAACAACCCGUGCGGCACUCUUAAACGCCGUGUACCGCAUCACGAUAUGCGAGGAGGGGUUCUGGUAUCGCCACCAAGGAACAUGGCUGAUGAUCCGCACAUGUUCACGCAGCCUGCUCCAGCUCUUGGCAGUAGCUCUCCGCGCGCAGACCGAGCCCACCUUGGCGGGACUGCUCCCAGAGGGAUGGAAAUAUUCCGUCGGGAGGGUCUUUGCCUUGAUUGAGUACUGGGAGCCAGAGAGCCCCGAUCUGGGGUUGCUAUUGGCGCGGUUGAAGGACCUUGUUUCGAUGCUGGAGCAGGGGCAGUAA